AUGCCGAACCAAGGACUCAACGUCAUCGCCCUCGUCUCCGGCGGCAAGGACAGCUUCUACAGCCUCCUCCACUGCCUCCACCAUGGCCAUCGCGUCGUCGCCCUGGCCAACCUCUUCCCCGACACCGCCACCUCGGCCUCCCUCGAGGUCGUCGACCCGGACGCGCCGCCUCCCGCGCCUCGCUCGGCCGCCGAGGACCGGGACCUCGACAGCUUCAUGUACCAGACGGUCGGCCAUCAGGUCAUCCCCCUCUACGCCGCCGCCACGGGCAUCCCCCUCUACCGCCAGCCCAUCCUCGGCGCUGCCGUGCGCCGUGAGCGUGACUAUGACUACGACGACGACGCCGCCGCCGACGCCGCCCCGGGCGCCGCCCCUGCCGACGAGACCGACGAGACCGAGUCCAUGAUGCCCCUGCUCCGGGCCGUCAUGGCGCGUCAUCCCGAGGCCGACGCCCUCUGCUCGGGCGCCAUCCUCUCGACCUACCAGCGCUCUCGCGUCGAGUCCGUCGCCCUGCGCCUCGGCCUCGUCCCGCUGUCGUACCUGUGGAAGUACCCUGCGCUGUCGCCCGGCGCCGACGAGGCGCAGCUGCUGCGGGACAUGGCCGGGUCCGGGCUCGAGGCCCGCAUCGUCAAGGUGGCCAGCGCGGGCCUCGACGAGACCCAUCUUUGGACGUGCGUGACGAGCGCCGAGGGCGUCGGGAGCGUCCGGAAGGCGCUGCGGAGAUUCGGCGCCACCGAGGGCGCCUCGCUCGGCGAGGGGGGCGAGUUCGAGACCAUGGUCGUCGACGGGCCGUCUGCGCUGUUCAGGAGGCGCAUCUCCAUUCCCGACCGUGGCCGGAAGCCCAUCCGUGACGGCGGAGGCUCGACCUGGCUGCUGCUGCAAGGUGCGCAUCUCGAGGACAAACCGGCCGAAUCAGGCGCCGACCUGGCCGUUCCGGAGCCUCCGCUGCUCGAUGCACGGUUCCGGUCCAUCCUCGACGGCCCUGCCGCCUCGCUGCAAGAUCAGCAUGCCGCACCGGAGCCGCCAAGCCCCUGGGCCUCGUCUCUGCUCCGAAAGGCCACCGCCCGGCCCGGUGACGGCCCGAGCCUCAUCCGCUGGUCCCUCCUGGCCGACGGCCGCUUCCCUCGUGGCUCCGUCAAGGAGGAGGCGAUGCAGAUCGUCGGACGCAUCAGGCGACUGCUCGCCUCCCUCUCCCUGCCCUCGUCUCGCAUCGCAAACACCCUCAUCGUCCUCCGGGACAUGGCCGACUUUCCCGACGUCAACGUGGAAUACGGCAAGCUGUUCCCGAAGCCGAACCCGCCGUCGCGCGUCACCGUCUCUUGCGGCGACCUCUUGCCGCCCGGACGCAACCUGCUGAUCCACGUCACCUUACCCGGCACGCUCGACGCUCGAGAGAGGAGGGGGCUGCACGUCCAAUCGCGGUCGUACUGGGCCCCCGCCAACAUCGGCCCCUACAGCCAAGCCAUCGACGUCCCCAUGACCGCCCGGAGCGGGCUGGAGGCGCUGAGAGCCGUCUACGUGGCCGGGCAGAUCCCCCUGAUACCGGCCUCGAUGCUGUUGCCCCCCCCCUCCGACGCAUGCCUCUGGUGGCAGGUUGUCCUCUCGCUGCAGCACCUGUGGAGAAUCGGCGUCGAGAUGAAGGUGCAAUGCUGGACCAGUGCCGUCGCCUACUUUUCUCCGUCCCCCUCCUCCGCCGGUGGCAUGAAGGAACGAGCCGAGCUCGCCGGCCGAGCUUGGAAUCUCGCUCACGCGCCGUCGGAGGAAGACGAAGACGAAGAGGGCGGGCCCGACCUCUGGGACCUCAAGUACAACCCGCAGUACAUGUCGUUUGGGAGCGGUGACGCCGCGAGCUCCCACGUCGCACUCCCUGACUGGUCCGUCUUCUCGCUUCGGCAGCAAAACAACCCAGCGUCGUGCAUCCCGCCCUUGUUUGCCGUCGAGAUGGAGAGCCUGCCGAGGGGAUCCGACGUGGAAUGGCACGCUCACAUGGGGCUCCGUCAUCCGGACGAGGGCAGCGUCGAGAUGGUCCACCAGCCUGCCGUCGGCCCGGGAGAUUGGACGAGCUGGCAUGUGGUGGUUCGGUCUUCCAGCCUUCUCAUCGUCCACACCGUCAUUGCUUGUCGUUGGUCGGGGGGCGACCGCGAGAGGGCAAAGUUUGAGCAUCUCGAGGAAGCCAUGGGGCGAUCGCACAGAGAGUCACUUGCGUCUCUCGGUCUGCACGGCGCAAGCGCCGCAUCGGACACGCCUCAUCUAAGCUACAUCGACUUGGCUGCCGUUGACUCUCCCUGGAAAAAGGUCGAGGAGCUUGGCGGGAACGAGAUGAUGGCGUUUGCCAUCGUCCCUUGCCACUCUAUCUGGACGACGCAAGGCGAGCGGCUCGCCUGCGUGGCCUUGUACACGGAAACGCUGUCCGAAGCAGGGUAG